AUGGGGAUUUCAGAUAUGCUGAACCGCCGAGUGCGGGCUCGGCCUACAGACGAUGAUGAAAGUGUCUAUUCGGGAGGAUCCGACAUGGGUGACGAAGUCCGCGACAAAGACGGUCAAUCCGAUGCGGAGGAUCAACAAUCUCACAGCUCCCAGGGCUCCGAUGCCAGCGCAGGCGAAGAAGAUGAGGAUGAAGACGGCAGCAACCUCGGAGAAGAGGAAUUCUCAGAUGCCGGCGACGACAACGAGGAUAUCCAGGCAUCUCUGAGCAGCGUCUCAUUCGGAGCUCUCGCCAAAGCCCAAGCCUCCAUGGGAUCCAAGAAAGGAAAGGAAAAGCGAUCUCAGGCAGGCGCCGACGAAUCCACAACCGCCUCCCCACUCGACGACAUCCGGGCCAAAAUCCGCGAAGCGCGCGAACAGAAGCGCGACGCCGCUGCCAAGGAAAAGAGCAAGGAAAAGAAGGCCGCUCGUGCUUCCAAGCACGCUCCCAUGGUGCAGUCAUCCAAGCACGCCGUCACACGGCGACGAUUGGUAGUUGAGCCACCAGCCGUUGCGAAAGCCCGCGACCCCCGUUUCGACGCAGCAGUCAUGGGCUACAGUGGUUCGGGAAAGUACUCUGAAGGCGCGAACAAGAAUUACGCUUUCCUGGACGACUACCGGGUGUCGGAGCUGAAGGAUCUCAAGAUGCAACUGUCGAAGACCAAGAAUGCCGACGCAAGGGAAGAAUUGAAGAUGCAGAUUCGCUCCGCGGAAGAUCAGAUGAAGACGCGGAAAAACCAGAAGCGCGAGCGCGAGGUCAUGGCCGAUCACAAGAAGAAGGAGAAGCAAUUAAUACGCGAGGGCAAGAAGAGUACCCCGUACUAUCUGAAGCAGUCGGAGCUGAAGAAGGCGGUGCUGGAGAAGAAAUAUGAGGAGAUGGGAUCGCGGGAUCGUGCGAAGGCUUUGGAGCGCCGGCGCAAGAAGAUCGCGUCUAAGGAGCGCAAGGACAUGCCUUUCGAGCGGCGUGGGAUGGACGAUGCGCCUCCGGACCGUGGGGGGCAAGCGUCGACGACUUGA